AUGGCCAAUUCUCCUCCUGCCUCUCCUAUUCCCACCGGCCAGCCGCGUCCCAUGAGCGCAAUGAUUCGACCUCCACGAAGCAACAGUCGCAUGAGUAUGAGCAGCAAACAGGGCGGUAGCAGGGCUUCAGACGAGGAUACAAAGACGGCGGUGAAAGUCGCUGUUCGCGUUCGCCCGCCAUUGAAGCCCACCGAUCCAGGAUUCGAGUUGAUUCCACAGCGCUUUCAACGAUCAACAGUCCAUGUCACGUCACCAACCAGCGUUGCUGUCGAUGCUCCGCAAGGUCGCAAGCUGUUUGUAUUCGAUAGAGUGUUUGCGGAAACAGUGGAUCAGGAAGGCAUUUGGGAAUACCUACAGGACAGCGUCAACUCUUUCGUACAGGGUUACAAUGUUUCAAUUCUCGCAUACGGCCAGUCUGGUGCUGGCAAGUCUUACACUAUGGGCACAUCUGGUCCCACAGAGCAGAGCGACCAGAAAGUUAUGGGAAUAAUUCCCCGUGCCGCCCAACUUCUCUUUGAAAAGUUGACUGGGGCUACACAUACUCGCACAGGUUCAACCGGUCUACGGACCCCAACACGAUAUUCCGUCAAUUCGUCAUUGCCCCAUUUCGGCAAGGGUGUGUUGGAUAAAAGUUGGCAGCUGAAAGCCACUUAUGUAGAGAUUUAUAAUGAACAACUCAGAGACCUCCUCCUCCCUGAUACCACACCCCUUGCAGAGCGAGGUUCUGUUACCAUCCGCGAAGAUACCAAGGGACGGAUCCUACUCACGGGCCUGCACCAGGUCAACAUCAACUCAUUCGAGGAUCUUAUCGGGGCUCUGAAUUUUGGUUCCUCUAUUCGACAAACGGAUGCCACCGCGAUCAACGCGAAAUCCUCCCGCUCGCACGCCGUGUUUUCUUUGAACCUAGUCCAGCGCAAAGAUCAGACCUCGACUCUGUCGACGCGUGAAAAACGAUUAUCGAUGCCCGUCGAAGCCCUCUCUGGAGCUGACAUAUCAAUUACUGUGGAUAGCAAAUUACACUUUGUUGACCUUGCCGGUAGCGAGCGCUUAAAAAACACUGGUGCAUCUGGAGAACGGGCCAAGGAGGGAAUAUCAAUUAACGCUGGUCUUGCUAGUUUGGGCAAGGUCAUUUCACAACUUUCAUCGAGACAGGCCGGUUCCCAUGUCUCAUACCGCGAUUCUAAGCUCACUCGACUACUUCAAGAUUCACUAGGUGGCAAUGCGAUCACUUAUAUGAUUGCCUGCGUUACACCUGCCGAGUUCCACCUUAGUGAGACUCUAAACACCGUACAGUAUGCCCAGCGGGCUAGAGCCAUCCAGAGCAAACCUCGUAUCCAGCAAAUAACGGAUGAGAGCGAUAAACAAGCUGUUAUCGAUAGACUAAAAGCAGAGGUAGCAUUUUUGCGCCAACAGAUCAACAAUUCCGAGGGCGGGGAUAGAAGGAGCAAUGCCCCCCAAGAACGCGCAGAACGUCAAAAUGAAAGAGAAAUAGAACUACAGAAUCACCUUUUGGAUGUUCAAGAGAGCUAUACUGCACUAAGCCAGCGACAUGCCAAACUGAUCUCAGAACUAACAAAGGCUACUGAUUUUACUGGGGAUACUGACGACCUACAAAAUCUGCUUGGUGAUAGUGCGAUGGAAAGGCUGAAGCGCUCCCAUUCAUUCGCAGAGUCUGUCGAGCAAGUGGUAUUGGAGUAUGAAAAGACAAUUCAAAGCUUGGAAUCAUCGUUGUCAAACACACGCUCCUCACUGUCCAACACUGAAAGCAGCCUUCUAGAAAAGGAGACCAAGUGUGCCUAUAUUGAGACUGUAAAUGCCCAAUUACAGGCCCGCAUUCAGAAGAUGAUGGAUCGUGAAGCAAAUACUGAACAUUAUCUACAUGAACUCGAGUCCAAACUUGAUGGCCAUACCACUGGUGAAGAGAAAAACGCUGCUAUUAUUGCUGAGCUACGCAAGGAAAUCGCUCGUGCGCGUGAAAAUGAAGCCAGCUGUGAAGACUACAUAUCGACACUGGAGGAACGACUGGCGGAGGCUGACCAAGACAUGGAGCUGAUGCAACGCGAAAUGGAUAGAUUAGAGCACGUUAUAGAUCGCCAACGCAGCCUGGGUAAACUCGAUACCCUAUUGUACGAGCUCGACCAUAUCCAACAGAAUGGCGCUAAGUCGGAUGAUGGCAAAGGGGACACUCUCAACCACACAUACACUCAGACCGCUCCUGUUGCAGGUAGGGAACUCCCGAAGACCCGAAAGCGGGGCCUAUCUCAAUCUCUCGAUGUGCUGAUGGAAGCUGUUGAAACUGCUAUUCCCGAAUCAGAUGAUGAUCUCGGAGAGAUUCCUCCAGAGUCUGGGUCAGGCCCUUCUGAACGAGAAGAGGUGGGAGCUCGUAACGGCGAAGUCGAUGACAACGACGGACUGAAGACGCUACAGAAAGCCUCUGGAGAGAGCAAUCGCCAAAAUCUAACCACAGACCACGAUUACCCUCCACAGAGCCCUGCUCAGUCCCGGUUUGUUGCGGAAAAGCUGGAGGAUGUGACGCAAGAACUAUUUGAACUUCGAAUACAGCACGAGACCACCACCAACGAAUACGAUCUUCUUCAUGCAAAAUAUGAAGAGGCCCUUCGCACCCUUGCUGAGCUUCAGGAUGCCGUUGAUGAGGCUCGCCACCCUGCGAAUGUGGCUGCUGCUGCAACUCCGAUGACCAGCUCUCGGCCAGUGUCUUUUUUAGAAGACUCGAGAUUACAGGCGCUCAGGUCUGGCGGACAGCCUUCAUCUUCGCGAUUGCUCUCCUCGGAGUUGUCCUUGGCCGAGCAGUCAGCUAUUACACAGGAGCACUCAGAGAACGGGCACCAGGGCAAUUCCGACCUACCAAAUGCAUUCGACACGGAUGAGCCUCAUCAUUCUGACGUGGAAAAUAUGCAGAAGUUGCUACAAGAACACCAGCACGGCAUGAGCUUAGUGACGCAGAAAUAUGCCCAGCUCCAGUCGGAACAUGAGGAGACCUUGAACCUGGUUGAAGAUCUGAAACAGGAGCUCCAGCGCACAAAGUCUUCCUCGCCCACGACUCCGUCACCCAAGGCUCAAGUCAUCCGACGCAUGACCAGUCAGAACAUGACCACCGUUGACCGCGCACAUCGCUCUCUCGCAUCUCUGAGGAACAUUGCCAUUGAAGAAUUUGAAGGCAAGCCCGAUACCAUGCAGACUUUCGAAGUCAGCCUCAACACUGCAAUGCAUGAGCUGCACAUUCGCAUGGAGCGAAUACAAGCUCUUGAGGCUGAGAACAAGAAUGUCAAGAAGGAAAUGGAGACCAAGGCAACUAUUAUUUCCGGUCUGACCAGGGAACGAUCUAGUCUUUCCGGUUCGUCGCCGAUGGAUAUCUCUGUAGUCUCACAGAUGCGGGAUCAGAUCCUGCAGCAUGAGAACCAAAUCAAGGAGAUGCAGGAAGCGCAUGAUGCCCGGGAGAAGGAAUUGACAGCUAAAGUUCAAAGUUUGAACGAGCUGUUGGGGACACAGAAGGCUCUAGUGUUUGAGAAAGAUGAACAGAUUAUUGCUCAGAAUCAAAAGAUUGUACAACUUGAGGAAGCAAACUCCGAUUGGGAAAUCAAACACCAAGGCGUCGUCGAGUCUUUGCUAUCGUCUGAAAAUAAACUUCAAGCCACCCUCGUUGAACUGCAAGCUGCGCUGGCGGAGCGAGCGGAAUGGCAAAGCAAACACCGUGCCGCGGCUGAAUCUCUCCAGUCCUCUGAAAAGCAGCUACAAAACACAAUGGUCGAGUUGGAAGCUGCUCUCGCUAAUAUUGACGCCCUGCGAAGUGAGCGCAACGAAGUCGAGGGAGCCAGUGCGGAUGAAAUGGCUGCAGCUGCGAAAAGUUUUGAGACUGCCCGGGUUAAACAUCAAGAGCUUGUGGACGGUCUUAAGUUUAAUAUUGAAGAGCAGAAAAGCACAAUUUCUACUCACUUGUCCACCAUCUCCGGAUUGGAAUCGUCUCUCGCCGUUGCCAAGGAGGAGAUUUCUCAACAUGAGAACGACGGCCGUUCAAGCAAUAGUGAAUUGGAGUCAUACCGUGCUCGCGCUGCUGCUUUAGAGCAAGAGAUCGAAUCCCACAAAGCUACCGCUGAGGCGCAGAAAGCGGAACUUAUGUCCCUACAAGAGUCACACAAGCGAGAGCUGGAGGAGCUAGAGGUCAAGGUCAAGGUUGCUGCGGAGGCACAACAUGAAUCGCGAAUGGCGGAGGAGAACGUUCGCAAUGAGCAGGCUGUUAGCGCUCUACGAGCGGAAAUCUCUGCAUCCAAAAACGAACUGGCGAAAUUGUUGUCUGGCGUCACCGCAGCUUUGAAUGCUCCUGUCACAGUCAAUAGUCUCCAGGAGCAAAUUGAAGACCUCCUUUCUCAGAAACAGCAAUUCGCUGAGAAAUACUCUGCGCUGUUCGAUACCAAUGAAGAUCUCGUGAAAGAAUUGGAGACAAAGACAAGCAGCCAUGCCAAACUCGAGAGACAAUUCACUGACCUGACGGAGAAAUCCAGUCGACACGAAGCCAAGAUGACGGAGCUUGCUCAUCUCGUUGCUAGCCAUGAGGAUGCCCUCAAGGAGAAAGAGGAUCUCAUCAAGAAAAAGGACGCGAUUAUCAAUGAGAUCACCGUUGAGAAACAGAAGAGUGCCCGCCUCGUGGAGGAGCUGGAGGAGCAGAUUACAAAUACCUUCGAUCAGCAUCAUAACCGCCUUUCUGUGAUUCAACAAGAGAGACACCAAGCGCUUGAUGAGGCGAAUCUCAAGAUUGGGAAUUUGGAGAAAGAGAUCGAGAGUUAUCGGCUUCGUAUUGAGCAACUGGAAGGUCAAAUGCGGAACGGUGAUGCACCGUCAUCGAUCGAUCGCACUGGCUCCAUGACGUCGAACCUCCGAAAGAGUGCAUCAGCAGCAUCACUACCAUCGCCUCCGCCCGCCAUUCCUCUCCCUCCUCUUCCAAACAUCGCCGCGCAGACUGGAAGCAUAUCCCCACCCAGCUCACGACAUACCAGCAAGGAACUCGUCAAUGCCCAGCUCGUUGAAGACCAGGAAGCGCGCAUCCGCACGAUCGAGAAGCACCUACACGCCGAGAAACAACUAACUGCCACUCUCGAGGAAGCACUGGGCGAUCUCGAGGCUCAGAGCAACAAAGUGAAGACGGAGAUGGAGGCGUGGAAGAAGAAGGCAUGGCAGUACGAGGACGAGCUGACGCAGUUACGGUCUGAACGGAAUUCAACGAGAUUGUCCAUCCAGGCAGUAGAGGAGGAACGGAAUGCACGGCGGGAGGCGGAGGCUGCGCGCGCGCAUUUGGAGGAGAAGAUGAAUGCGAUUAGUAAGAAAAAGAAGAAGAGUACGCUGAACUGUUUUUAG